UCCCAUUGCUCCCGGUACAGACCCUCAGUGCAGGCAGACUCUCUGACGGGGCCCCUCUACAGGGAAAGAGGCCAAGAGGAAAUCACCCUCCCCCCCUCUAUGCCCAGAGCCGGAAAGGGGAUAUGCAGAGUCAGCAAAUGAAAGGAUUGGGAGGCCUUGGGCAACUGUGUGCCUCCCUCGACUUCUUCCCUCCCCUCCCCAGCCCGGGGGCUGAGCACAGCACCAACCCGAUUAGAGUCAGAGUGGAGGGGGCAGGGGCCCAGCCGACUCGAUCCACCUGUCCUUGGCUCUGAUUGGCCCGUUGCUGCCCCUGGCCCCCAAAUCCUCCUAAGCAGCAGCUGCCACCUGCCCCCACCCCCUACUCAGAGAGACACCGAGGGGCAGGCAACCUGUUAGUCUUGCAGUCGCUGUCCUAAGAGCAAGAGGAUUCCCCAUAGGUCCAUCCCAGGAGGCAGAGGAGGGCCAAGGCCUUUUGGGAUCCUGAGGGCAAGGGUCCCCAACCCUAGAAGAGCCCAGGCUCUGUCCCUCUCCACCCCCAUCCCACCAGGAAAAUGGGGGCAGGAGCCAGUGCUGAGGAGAAACAUUCACGGGAGCUGGAGAAGAAGCUCAAGGAGGAUGCAGAGAAAGACGCUCGGACAGUGAAGCUGCUGCUUUUGGGAGCUGGUGAGUCCGGGAAAAGCACUAUCGUCAAGCAGAUGAAGAUUAUCCACCAGGAUGGAUACUCCCUGGAGGAGUGCCUGGAGUUCAUUGCUAUCAUCUACGGGAACACCUUGCAGUCCAUCCUGGCCAUUGUGAGGGCCAUGUCUACUCUCAACAUCCAAUAUGGGGACUCCGCUCGACAGGAUGACGCCCGCAAGCUGAUGCACAUGGCGGACACCAUUGAGGAAGGUACCAUGCCCAAGGAGAUGUCUGACAUCAUCCAACGGCUGUGGAAGGACACAGGCAUCCAGGCAUGCUUCGACCGUGCUUCUGAGUACCAGCUCAACGAUUCUGCUGGCUACUAUUUGUCUGACCUGGAGCGGCUGGUGACCCCUGGGUACGUACCCACGGAGCAGGACGUGCUGCGCUCCCGGGUGAAGACCACGGGCAUCAUUGAGACUCAGUUCUCCUUCAAAGACCUCAACUUCAGGAUGUUUGAUGUGGGCGGGCAGCGCUCUGAGAGGAAGAAAUGGAUCCACUGCUUUGAGGGGGUCACCUGCAUCAUCUUCAUCGCUGCCCUUAGCGCUUAUGACAUGGUGCUGGUGGAGGACGACGAGGUGAACCGCAUGCACGAAAGCCUCCACCUCUUCAACAGCAUCUGCAACCACCGCUACUUUGCCACCACCUCCAUCGUCCUCUUCCUUAACAAGAAAGAUGUCUUCACUGAGAAGAUCAAGAAGGCUCACCUCAACAUCUGCUUCCCUGACUACGACGGCCCCAACACAUACGAGGACGCUGGCAAUUACAUCAAGCUGCAGUUCCUGGAGCUGAACCUGCGGCGGGAUGUAAAAGAGGUCUAUUCCCACAUGACCUGUGCCACCGACACCCAGAACGUCAAGUUUGUCUUUGACGCCGUUACUGACAUCAUCAUCAAGGAGAAUCUCAAGGACUGUGGCCUCUUCUGAGCCCAACGCCCCCAGCUCUAGCUUCCCAGGCCCCCAGUCCUGCGGCUUCUUCUCAGCUCUCAGGCCCCAGCCCCCACCCUGCAUCCUUUCCCCGGCCCCGCAGACUCCCACCCCCACUCUCUAGAUGUCGUGACCCUGUCCAUUCUAGGCUCCUGCCUUAUUCGUCCCCUCAACCACCCAGAUUCUCUCUCACGGUGAUGAUCGUAUUUAUUCAGUGCUUACUAUGGGCUGGGCACUGUGCUAAGUGCAGGGGUGAUACAAGACAAUCAGUUCGGACAUGGUGCCUGUCCCGCCCGAGGCUCCCCCAUACAACUUUUUCUCCCUCUAUCCCUCCAUCUCUUCUCAUCCCCUGCCUCGACCCCUUUCUCUGCUUCCUCUCAGCUUGCACUAACUCGACUUCUUCCUCUCUGUCUGUCUGUCUGUCUCUCACUCACUCAGAUGUACCUUGAACCAACGACUUUCCCUGCAUCUUCAGCCCUCCUUCAUAGGCCCAGGGCAUGAAGUCCUUCCUUUGUUGUACUGCCCAACCUGCACCAUCCUUCACCACACCACCUUCCCUCAACUGGAUCCCAGUACCCUGUGGCUCCCCACUCAUUCAGUCCAGCCAUAGCUCUAGCUACAUCCCACCAGCCUUUGCUUGCUUGCUGGGGCUCCCCAGGAAACAUUCCCCAUGUACACCCUCUGCCCUCUUUGAGCACCGCCCUCUCCCACCACCCCUCAGCUGACCCCAAACCAUACCAGGAUGAAUGGAGUCCAGACUCAGUACAGGCUUUUGGGGUCCAGUGUGAAUGGAGGUGGGAUACUCCCUUCUUCCCCUGGAGACUCUCCCGUACAAAACCCCAGUGGACAGGAGACUCCAGGUGGGAGAUGGGGUCACCUGUAGAACCUUGUCUCAGUAAUUGCCUAUCUACCUACUCUGGGUUCAGUGAUGUUGGCAACCCAUAGGAGGAGGGGCCACCAGAAGGCAUGACUUUGGGGCACAGCCCCCACCUGCUUCUGCUCCCUCCAAUCCCAGGUACUGAUGAGGAGAUUGUCUCAGGAGUUCAGAGAAGCCCCCUCUCCCCACCAUGCCCCUUAGUUCCCCCACCAGGACCAUCUGAUGUGUGAGGGUCACAAUAUAGCUGUAAGGAGAGGGAAGGGCCUAUUCCAUGGAGGCUUCUGGGAGAGAAGCCUUGGAGUAAAGGAGUGACUAAGUCAGGGGAUGGGUGAAGGCUAAUGUGAGGUAUG